AGACAAAGCAGGGUCUCUUUUUUCCACUCUCUUUUUUCUGUCUCUCCGUUCGGCUCAUUUUGAUAGCUAGCUGCUUUUUCUAGAGAGAGAAAGAGAGGAACGGACAGUGUUUGUUUGUGUGUGAUUUUCUAGGGAUAGAUCAGAAAUAGCCAUGGAUUCAUCAAAGGAUCGCGAGAACUUCGUCUACGUCGCUAAGCUCGCCGAGCAAGCUGAACGCUACGACGAAAUGGUGGAUGCCAUGAAAAAAGUGGCGAACCUUGAUGUUGAAUUAACAGUGGAGGAAAGAAACUUGCUCUCUGUGGGAUACAAGAAUGUGAUUGGUGCGAGGAGGGCAUCAUGGAGAAUCUUGUCAUCAAUUGAGCAGAAGGAGGAGUCAAAAGGGAAUGAAACAAAUGUGAAGAGGAUCAAAGAGUAUAGGAAGAAGGUGGAGGCAGAGUUAACUGGCGUUUGCAAUGAUAUCAUGACUGUGAUUGAUGAGCAUCUCAUUCCAUCAUCUGUACCUGGGGAAUCCUCUGUGUUCUAUUAUAAGAUGAAAGGUGAUUAUUACCGGUAUCUAGCAGAGUUCAAGAGUGGUAAUGAGAGGAAAGAGGCAGCUGAUCAGUCACUUAAGGCAUAUGAGACUGCUACAUCAACUGCAGCAAGAGAUCUAUCUCCCACCCAUCCCAUUCGACUGGGUUUGGCUCUGAAUUUCUCUGUGUUCUACUAUGAGAUUAUGAGCUCACCAGAACGGGCCUGCCAUCUUGCGAAGCAAUCAUUUGAUGAAGCUAUUUCAGAGCUGGAUACCCUGAGUGAAGAGUCUUACAAGGAUAGCACUUUGAUUAUGCAACUGUUGAGGGACAACCUCACUCUGUGGACUUCUGAUAUUCCUGAGGAUGGAGAAGACCAGAAGAUGGAAACCUCUGCAAAAGCUGGUGGGGGUGAAGAUGCUGAGUGAUGAUGCGACUGGAACUCUGACGUGUGAAUGGGAGUAGGAUGAUUUUCCCACGUUGUUGUGUCAUUGCUAUACUUUAAGAGAGGUUUUUAUGGUUUUCUCAUUUGUUGUACCUUACUAUUGUCACUUGGUAUUAGUCUUGUUGUCCGUCAACUAUGUAUUAGCAGGAAUAUUUGUUGGGUUGUAAUAUGGAUGGCCUACGAUUAUUGCUGGUUUUUAAAAUUUCCUUGCAGGCCAAUUAUAUUUCAAUUGGUUGUUUUGGGUAAAGAAUUCAUCUUUUAUUCAGUGAU